AUGGGGCCUACGGAGCCCCGGACUGGCCAGGGGGGUUUGGAGGCUCCCAUGGAAAGAAGUUUAAGCCCCGAGACUCUGAGUCCUGAAAGACAGAAUAGAGCAUUAAACUCAAUUCACAGGAUUUCUAGGGUUGUGACAGCAACGUGGGCUAAUCAUACGAUCGACAUGCAAGAGGCGGUCCUGAGCCUGCUCAUCCUUCUGGCAGGCUUGCCUGCCCUGGACGCCAACGACCCAGAAGAUAAAAACAGUCCUUUCUACUAUGACUGGUAUGGCCUCCGGGUCGGCGGGCUCAUCUUCGCAGGGAUUCUGUGUGCCAUGGGCAUCAUUGUCCUCAUGAGUGGGAAAUGCAAAUGCAAGUUCCGACAGAAGCCCAGCCACCGUUCAGGAGAUGCCCCACCUCUCAUCACUCCAGGCUCCGCCCAAAACUGUUGA